AUGAAAAACGAAUCAAUCCAUGCUUGUCUUGUGGAGAUCACCACCUACGCUCCAAUUGCCACUUUCGUAAUGCUAAAUUUCAUGCUUGCGGAAAAAUUGGCCACAUUCGGAGAGUAUGCAAACAAACUCGUUGCAAUCUUACACAGCCAAAUGCUUCAAACGACACACCUUGUGCUCUCUCUACGUUCUGAAGGCUCAGCCACCCAAUUCCUGAACCGAGAUGUGACACUACAGUCUGGUACAACUCACAAAUUCAUUGUUGACACGGAAACAAAAAUCCAACCGACAUCCAUGCGAAUUCUUGGCGUAACUGGACACCGAUUACCAUUUAUUGGCGAGGUUUCAUUGAUGGUUCGCUCAACAGAAAAUCGCCUUGUCCCAACCCGCUUCCUUAUUGCGAAAAAGAGUCCAUCCAUACUUGGCCUAACUGAAAUUCGCGCUCUGAACCACUCUAUGCCGCUCCAUACGAGUUCCCUGCCCAAUGUGCACACCCAUCUACGGCAACCGAUUGUGCAAUGUUCAAAUACCACAGGAGGCAUGAAAGUUCGACUGACCGAACUGGAAGUUGAAGGAGAACGUAUCUUUUUGAAACGCCGUGUCAUCCCAUAUGGCCAGCGUGAAGGUGUGUUGAAAGCUCUGUAG